GUCUGGGUCUCAGGGUGCCGAUGGCGUUUUGGCAGGGUCUGGUGCGUCUGUCGGUGGGGAGAAGGGUCAUCUUUUUUCACGUUUUCACCUCGACCAGACGGUGAGUGAUGUGCAGCCAACGGGCCCUCCACCUUUUCCCACUCACCCGCAUUUUUUGCUUUGGGCCCAUGAUCAUUACAUCGAUUCCUCCCUCUCUGUCCAAACCACCUACGCCUCACUCCUCUCCUCGACUCCGACUUGGUCAACUCGUUGACGUCGCUCGUUGCUCACCUCGCGAACCUCUCUCCCGCCCGUUCACGGAAAUCCUCCUGUCUCCAUCACUCACUCGCUGUCGCCCAUUGAUCAGCUUUCCAUUCUGCAGCAACUGAAACUUUGCCCUCUGCGCUUCCUGAAAUCGACUGCGAGCAGUAGCUGACCCCUGCCUUCGGCUCUGCUAUGCGCAGGGUAUCGCAGAGCAUUCAGUCUUAAUGGGCGCGAUCGGACUUUCGCCCUUUUGCUCGUUGCGCACGGGUUGCGGUGCUUCGGAACCCGGACAAAGAUGAGCCCAAUUCCGACAGUUGAACAUGUCCUGCAUACCUGGAUUAGACGCGAUGAGCCUGAUAACCCAGAACAGAGGCCGAGUGACCCAAAUGGACUUGUCCUUGAAGCAUGGGGUGGGUAUUGCCUUGUCCCCCCGUCGUCGUACAGUCCGCCCGCAAGAACAAAUGGCUGACAAACAAAAUCUUUUGAGAGACAACAGCGCAGGGAUACAUGGUCGGGUCACUCAUCAUCAUGUCCUGCAUCACAUUGGCCAAUAUGCGGAAAGGCGUCCUGCUGCACAAGCUGAUUUUGCUCGAGCUAGUCCUUGGGUAUUGGCAAGGCUUUUUUAUUCUGUUCAACCCACCUGUGUACGCCUGGUGGCUCUCCAUAGCCGCUAUUCCGCUCAAUAUCUCCUGGUGGUUGCACAAUGUAAUCGCCUGGAUGAAGUUGAGGCCUUUCCUCAACAAGACAGUCAGUCGCCUGUUCAUCGGCACCGUGAUCUUGGUGAUCCCAUAUUGGAUUGUCGAGAUAUACGCCAACUUCACCUACUUUCACAACGUCAACAAGGUCUUUCUCAGGACACGGCCGUGGGAAGCACUUUGUCGGGAUCCUUGGUGGAUAUUAGCGGCUUGCCUCUUGAUAUACAACAUCAAGACCAAGUACGACUUGACAUUGACGCAAAUUAUUCGCAUCUCUCCUCGAUUUGCCGUUAUGCUGGGUGCUAUGGUUCUCAGCAUUUGCUUUAUUGUUCUGGACGUCCUCUCGGUGACCUCGGCCCUCAAGUCUGUUUUACCAGUCGGCAUCAACCCGUUCUGGAAGCUGUCCUUUGUCUUCAAGUGCUUGACCGACUCGGUUGUCUUGGAUGAUUUCAAAACAGCUCUGGACCGAUUGAGGGCAUUCAAAAUGAGCCGGCUUGGCAGCUUCGCCAUGGACGCGGCAGACCAUCGCAACAAGAAGCACAAGGAGGAUGUGAACAGCGCCAACAAUUGGAGCACCCCGCCUCCUCCACCAAAUGGGGACAAGCCUCAACCGGUCGGCCCUCUGCCGAUAUUGCCUAGUCCUGACAGUGACUAUAUCAAACCUCGGUGGGAGGAGCUGAAACAUGGGGGCUCAGCCCAUCUGGAAAACGGAGACUCAACUGAAGUUGCUCGGAACGGCUCGAGAGAUCGCGACCCCGAGGAGAACCCUUUUGAUGCGAUAGAUUAUGCCGAUCCUCAGCGAGAGUCAAGUGACACUCAAAUGCUCAAAACGCAAACCAGUUGGCUGCAAAGGCGGUCCUCUGAAGAAACUUCCGACGUCGACAUAGAAUAUGCCAUGGCCGUCCGCUCGAUGACCAAUGACUCUAUGGAACAACAACGCAAUAGGAGCAAAUCAAUAGGAAUUGCCAAGUGAUCCUUGGAAGUCUGCCCCCGGAAGGGUACUUCUAGCAAUGAUUCUCCCACGGUUACCGUGCGGAGCUUGAAGAGUACGGCGCGAUCAUGACAAUCUACCUCAGCCACGAGAAUUCCUCAUGGUCACGGCAAGUCUGGAAGAUCCGCGUGCUGGACACAGUUGUGUUAAGGCUUUCAGGAAGGCCUUGCCACCUGUCCUGCGAGACUGACUUCGCUGUCGAGACGGCCAGAGAGACCUUUCCCGGAAUCCGAAUGCGGAGCAGUAUGUGCUGUCCUUCGCAGAGCGGUAACGCAAACUGCCUUUUAUGUAAAGAGCGGUGGGAAUCAGACUCGAUAAAACAGAGUCCUACAGGAGGAACAUGCACCGACUGAGAAGAACUGGCCACAGGGCCUCGAAUGAGCGUGGAGUACCCCAUGUGGACUCCAGGAAUGACAGACGAAGGAACGGAUCUGGGAAACAUUUUCUGAACUUUUGGUCGCAUUGAUACCCCAUGAAUAUUGCCGAGAUGUUCAUACAUAGCGAAUUGGCCCGGACUGGAAAGAGGAAUAGCAUCAGCUCUACGUGCUUGGGUGUUGUCUUGUUGCAUUAACGUAUCUGCGUGUAUACAAAUAAUAUGUCGAUGUCUGUUAUA